AUGAUGAUUGAAAAAAACAAGAUAUUGGUGGUGGGAGCCAACCAAAGUGGAAAAUUGAGAUUGAUCAAGAGUGUCCUCAAAGGUAUUGAACUAGAAACAGCAAUUCCAAAGGAUUGUGAGAAUCAUUCAGGGUUGAUUUUGAGCUCGAAUCUAAAAACCAAAUAUUAUUCAAAACAGAUAGACAUUUGGGUUGAUGAAUUUGAGUGCAAUCAUAAUGAUGGUAUUGAUGUUUAUCAAGCUCGCUACAUUAAGAAUUUUAACCAGUGGAAAAACGAAUUUUUGAAUAUCAAGUUUAAAGAAAUUAGGGAUGUUUUGUCAGGUUUUAUAUUUACUAUUGAUUUCGAUUACUUAAUUUCUUGUAUGGAAAAGAAACAUGCAAAUUCAAGUGAACUGCUUUCUAAAUUUACUUUUUUAAUUAAAACAAUAUUGAGUAAUUUGAGUGAGAUUUUAGAUUUACUUAAGGACGAACAAAAUGAUAAUAAUCAAAGGUAUGAAACAGAUCAAGAAAAUCAAUUAAAAAAUGUUGACUUUAAUAUAUGGGAUGGGUUUUUUAUUUGUGCUGGUUUAAUAGAUGACAAAUUAUACAAAUCUUAUUUUGAUGUAAUUAACGAUUUAUUUUGGUCCAAUUCCAUAGAAUUUAUUUCAAUUAAUCGUUUGGACAACUCAAAAAAUCAAUUCUGCGAGAAAAUUGGUUAUGAUAGAAUUACUGAAAUAAUUCAAUCUUUUGAUUGGAAUAAUAUUGUUUUGGAUGGAAAAAUGAAAUAUGAUAAUGAUGAUGACAGAAAAGCUGUAAGUGAUACUGUUGAUCAAUUGAAUGAAAAGUUAUUGGCUGGUAAUUCAAAUGAUAAAAAUAAAGUUGAAAAAACAGAUGGAUUGUGUAAUUCCAACAACACAGACCAGAAAAUUGAUAAAAUUGAUAAAAUUGAUAAAAUUGAUAAAAUUGAUAAAAUUGAUAAUAUUGAUGAGUUGAUUUCAAAAAUUCAAUUAGCUAAAAUAGAUGCAAAUAAAAUCACUGAUUCAAGUGAAAGAGAUUUAUUUGCAAAACAAUUUAUAAAAGAGAUUAUUCAUUUAAUAUGA